CACCCACCCACACCCAUUCACUCGUUUUUCCUAGCGUAUCGGAAAAAUGGCUGCAUGAGAGAAGUCGUCGACGGAUUGUGAUUGCGAAAAAAAAGGAAAGCAAAAAAGAUGUUUUAAUUAGACGGGGGCAGGUCGAAAAUCGAUACCGGACUGAUAAGAUCGUGCUCGCGGAGAGGAAAGGUCGUCUUUGUCGCGAGAGGUUCAACCCAGGAGGAGGAUGGUGGAAAACGCCAGCAAGGAACCGUCCGAAUCGGCGGCGACGGCCCCCGAGAAAGAAGGGGGCAAAGCCAACCUGAACCUGUCGGCGGACGAGCUCAAGGAUGAGGGCAACCGGUGCGUCAAGGCGGGCAACUUUACGGAAGCGAUCCUGCACUACAGCCAUGCCAUCAAGCUGAGUCCGGCCGAUCCGAUCUUGUACAGCAAUCGGUCCCUUGCGUUCCUCAAGCAGCAGCAAUACUUCUACGCCAACGAGGACGCGGACCGAGCGAUCGGCCUAAACCCGACCUGGGCCAAGGGUUACUUCCGGAAGGCGGAGGUUCACAUGGCCGUUGGCCAUUACGACACGGCGCUGCUUUCGUACGGGAAGGCACUUCAGUUGCAGCCCCAGGACAUGGGCAUCAUACAGGCGGCCCGGAAGUCGGCCGAGCUGAGCAAUCAGGACGUGGAGCGGGAAAAGCGAAUGCCCGUGAUGGGAGCUGGGAUUGGGUGCGUCGUGGGGAUGGCCAUCGUGAUGGCCGAUAUGCUGCUGGCGGACAAGCCGACGAUUAGGUACACCUCACUGAUGGUGCUCGUGGUGCUGGUGGUUUCCGCCAUCGGUUACGGAAUCGCCAAACUGAUCCGCUACUACACGAAACUGCAACGAAAGGGACUGCUCGACCCGCCGCUCAAUCUUUUAGAAGACUUUCUACCAACCAAAGAGGAGGACACGGAAAAUGGAGGCCCAAACGAGCACAAACCCCCGCGGAACCGGUACUCAAAGGCCCAAGCUCGGCAACGUUUCAAAAAGGGCAAAACAUAAUAACACGUCACGUAAAGAUGCUGCUGCUGCUGGAAUCGGAUGAGAUUGGUGGAGUGACUAUUGAAGCUGAGCAGCUAGUCCCGAGUUUUAAGGCUUAUGUUUUGUUGAGACGACAAAUUUUUAGUUUCUUUUGUUCACUAUUUAUCCUGUUUUGUUAAAUAGAACCAUUUAAAAAAAACAUUGCAAAUCAAACAUAAAUCGGUCGAAGAUUAAACUUACGAUACAGUACCAAUACAACGCGAAACAAAGCUGCAUUUUCCUCUCCUUCUGAGACUCACUUUUCUACGUAAAUUAACAAACACAAAUAUACAACAUAACACUUUAUAAAACUUGUAAACUGUA